AUGAAAAUCGCCUGUCUCCAAUUCGCUCCAGAAGUCGGACGCGUCCAAGAGAACAUCAAAAGAGCCGAUGACAUCCUCCGAUCCGCCGCAAUACCCACCGACCUGACCUGGCUUGUCCUACCUGAACUUGCCUUCUCAGGCUACAACUUCCAAUCGCUCGAGGAAAUCAAACCAUUUCUCGAGCCCACCACAUCCGGAAUCUCUACGCAAUGGGCACAGCAAGUAGCAAAGCACUACAAUUGCCACGUGACAGUUGGGUAUGCAGAGGUCACCAUCCCGGAUACCAAUCCCGAGGACAGUCAAACGCAGUACAACUCCACUGUCACUGUAUCACCAAGAGGAGAGAUAUUGCACAACUACCGGAAAUCCUUUCUCUACUAUACAGACGAAACAUGGGCGUCUGAGGGCCCGGGGUCAAGAUCACACAAACUAUCCGAUACCUCAUCACCGGACUCGCCCUUCUACGCUGGCCAAUUAGGUGAUCUGGGGAAAGUCACUAUGGGAAUAUGUAUGGAUAUCAAUCCCUACAAGUUUGUCUCGCCAUGGUCUGAUUACGAGUUCUCCUCCCUCGCUCUGUCGUCGCAAUCGCCAAUUGUUUGCAUAAGCAUGGCUUGGUUAUGUCAUCUAACGCCCACGGAACUCAUGCAGGACCCAUCACAACCAGACAUUGCAACAGUAGCAUAUUGGGUCGAACGUUUCCAACCGCUCGUUGACGCCGGAGGGGAGAAGCCUAUAUUUGUUAUCCUGGCCAACCGCUGUGGAAUGGAAAAGGGUGUCUGCUAUGCGGGUAGUAGUACGGUUUUGCGUAUCGAGAAGGGAGUUGUUAGUUUAUACGAAACAGCGGGCAAGAGCGAGGAGACGUGUUUGAUCGUAGAUCUGACCGAGCGGCCGAAAUUCCAAGUAAGAAGUGGACGAUGA